ACCAUUUAAUUGGGGCUGGCUUACAGUGUCCAUUAUCAUCACGGUGAGAAGCAUAGCAGUGUGCAGGCAGACAUGGUGCUAGAGACGAAGCUGAGAGUUCUACAUAAUUCACACACAGGCAGCAAGGAAGAGACUGGAUGUGUUUUACACUGGCUGCAGCUUGGGCAUUUAAGACCUCAAAGCCUCACCUCCAUAGUGACACACUUCCUGUAACAAGGCCACACCUACAAAUAGUGCCACUCCCUAUGGCCAAGCAUUCAAACACAUGGGUCUGGGUGGGUGGGGCAGUCCUAUUCAAACCACCACAAUCCCAAAUAGAGACAUACAAAGAAAGCUUUAGAAAUUCAUGAAGCAAACAUGGAAAAGACAAAAAGAAAGACAGGCUACACAGAGAAGUGAGCCUAAUACCGCCUCCAUCAUGUGGUUCCCUGAUGAAGUUGAGGGAAGGAACUCCAACGAUAUUGCUGCUUCCAGAAGGUCAGAGGAAAGUCUGAUCCUCAGAACAACAACAUAAAAGGGGCAUUUAGACAUUUUUGGAUCAAUUUUAAAAGGGAGGGAAAGGAAUCACCAAGCAGGAUACCCUAAAUAAAACCCAACCCACUUUAAAGUCACUGGUCUCCCCAGCUGGGGGCACUUUUCUGUAGGAGAAAUCUGUAACACUUGCCAAGAACCUCAGUUUAAUGUUGCCAUUCUCCUAUGUUUUAAAUAUUUAACAGAUGGGGAGGGGGAGAGGGGGAAUCCUCCUGCUAGCCAGUAAGGCUUGCUACAUCCGGGCAACCAAGCACCCCGCAAACAUGGUAGCACAUUCCUCGGCAAGGGCAAGAAGUUCACCGACUAAAGGUCUGCCUGGGCUAUAUGAGACCCCAAAACAAAACAAAUUCACGCAAUAAUGAAAGAAGGGAGGAAAGAAUUAUGAAUCACAGCAGUAUGCGCGUAUUAAACUGUGAUUAAGCCAUUUAGCUGAUGGGGGUGUCAGGAAAGGGCCCCACUAGGACCACAAAAAAUGGUUAGAUUAAGUCUGGUGUCACACGAUAAAAAGAGAAAUUAAGAGAGGGAGGUGGUGACAAGGGAUAGCAGGAGAGAAAGAACGUAAAUGGUUAAUAUUGGGAGUUUCAAAAUGCUUUCCCAUUACAAGCACUUGACGUUUAAUUUCCUCAUCCCAGUGAACUACCCUAAGGGAAAUAAAUGCUCGAACUGGGUAGUUACACCCGGGUAGUAAAGAGCAAGGAAGAGCUUUAUAGAUGCACUUUUCGCCAGACUUCGUCAAAGGACACGAAAGUAUGAAAAGAUGAGUUGGCAGUUUCAAAGUGUGGAAAGGCGGCUCAGCCUUCGGGAUUGGGAGCUGCCUUGAGCUCUUGAGAGCCUAGACCAGAGCUCGAGACAGCCGGACCUGCGCACUGCAGAUGCGGAACUCAUGCGCCGCGGCUCGGCUUCCGGCGAGCACCGUUUCCAGACGCACCGACAGGGUCGGCGCAGACAGUGGCGUGCCUUAGUUCUUCUAGAUGGUGAAAGAAGGCCUGAGACCGGACGGUCUUCUCUCAGCUUUCUCUCUGCUCGGUCGACUCCGAGCAGCAGCAGAGACUCUAAGCUUCGCGCCUCAGUGGAAGAUUAGAGGGCGUAGAGGCCUUCGAAGGCUCGGCCAGUGAAUCUUCCGCCCCCUCACUGCCUCGAUGAGCAGCUCUCAAAAAAGACAGAAAUAUCAGAAGCAUGGAUACAGUCUUAUCUGUUAGAAGAAUGCUCAAAGGAAAAUAAGGUAUUCAUUUUGGCUUACUUAUGAUUAGUAAUCCAAGAAUUUUGCCUUGGAGAAGGUCUCAGGUUUUGAAUAUCUUAAGGAACCUGACUUUUUUUUUUUUUUUUUUUUUUGUCAUCAGAUUUUUUACUUAUUAAACAUCUGUUUUUAAAAUGUGGUUUCUGACCACCAAAAAUGCUCUCUGCUAAUAAUAGUACUAAUUAUACUGCAAAUGGAAACCCUUUACUUUUUGAUAUUACUAACAUCUUGAGUGAAUCUCACCCCCCUCCAGGUGUGUGUGUUCCUGACUAUCGUAGAACUCACUCUGUAGACCAGGCUGCUCUGGAACACACAGAGAUCAGUCUGCCUUUCUCCUGAGUGUUAGGAAUGAAUACAUGUUACUACACCUAGUUUACUGGCUGGUUUUGUGUGUCACCUUGAUACAAGCUGGAGUCAUUACAGAGAAAGGAGCCUCAGUUGAGGAAAUGCCUCCAUGAGAUCCAGCUGUAAGGCAUUUUCUCAAUGAGUGAUCCGUGGGGGAAGGCCUAGCCCCUGUCUGGUGGUGGUGUCAUCCCUGGGCUGGUAGUCCUGGGCUCUGUAAGAAAGCAGAUGGAGCAAGCCAGUAAGCAGCACCCCUCCAUGCCUCUGCAUCAGCUCCUACCUCCAUGUUCCUGCCCUGUUUGAGUUCUUCUCCUGACUUCUUCCAGUGAUGGGAGUGUAAGCCAAUUAAACCCUCUCCUCCCCAACUUGUUUUGGUCAUAGUGUUUCAUCGAAGCAAUAGAAACCCUAAGACAGCUAGCUAGCUUUGCAUUUUGCAAUUAGGGGGUUGUUUGUUUGGGUUUUUGUUUUGUUUUGUUUUGGCUUUCAAAGCAGGGUUUCUCUGUAGCCUACUCUGUAGACCAAGCUGGCCUUGAACUCAGGAUUCCCCUGCUUCUGCCUCUUGAAUGCUGGGACUAAAGGUGUGGGCCACCACCUGCCUGGCUACUUUAUUAUUAUUUUUUAAAUGUAUCCACUAGUCAAAUAUAUGUGUCAAAUCUUAGAAUAUAGAACUCACAAAUAAACAACAAAACAACUUUUAGGAGCUCAUAGGUCUAGGCUUUUGCUCUAAAAGUUACCACUGAGUCAGGCACAAUUCAGCACACAAAUCUCAUAUCUGAAUAUUAAAUUGAUCAUCUUUCAAAAUUUUUUUCUUUGUCUCUCAAAAAAUUGUGUUGAGAAGCCUUCAUCAUGUUAAAAUUUUAGGCUUGAAUAAUACAUGUUCUUAAUAUACAAGGGCUCUUACAUGUGUCCCAGGAUAGUUAGGAAUGCAGCCCACUAUAUUUUAGAUGAUGAUGUCCUGCAUCCCUUCCAGAAAAGAUGGCGAAUAUAAAAUGGCCACUACUGUCACAGUGCACUUUAUUGAGAUGAAAAUAAUUUUGCCUACUGUGUCUACUGAAGACUCAAAGUUGGUCUCACUGAGACUGAAAACCAACAGGAAACAACAUGCCAUGGCUGGCUCUGAGGAUUGAGAAAGCACACAAGAGCUCUGGCUGUUGGUAUCAGGCCAUCCUUCAGCCUGCAAUGGUUAGCCUCAGGAAUUUCUGAUUUUGGGGGCUACAUGUAAGUACUUUCUACCUUGGCGAGGAGAUGAGGAAAGGUAACACUGCUUCUUAGAAUCUUAGACUAUCAGUUCAGUGAGUCUCUAAAGGUGGUUGUGAAUCACAAUUGAGGAGAUUGUUAGUGGCCUACACAGCGAAUUCUGGGCCAGCCAGGGCUACAUGGUAAGAGCUGACCUCAAUAAACCAACAACAAAACCAAAACAGAGUGAAGCUAUGUUAGCCCAUGACUGAUGCAUUGAAUUUGUACAUGUUCUUUAAACAGGAAACUAGAAGUCUCAGGAUGAAUCCAUCUAGAUCUAGAUCAGGUGGUAGUGGAGAAGAAAUCUCAUUUCAAGAAAAUGAGAGAAGAUGGCAACAAGAGCGUCUCCACAGAGAAGAAGCCUAUUACCAGUUUAUUAAUGCGCUCAAUGAUGAAGAUUAUCGGUUAAUGAGAGAUCAUAAUCUUUUAGGCACCCCUGGAGACAUAACAUCCGAGGAGCUACAGCAGCGCCUGGAUAGAGCGAAGGAGCAGCUGGUGUCUCAGCCUGGCUCGGGGAGUGGGACAAGUGACGGAGACUCAGAAAACCUUAGAGAAAAUUCAGAUGAGGGUUCUCUGCUGCGAUGGCUGAGCACUUUCCGGCGUACUGGGAACGUGACGCGGAGUGGGCAGAAUGGGAGCCAGAGCUGGAGGGCUGUGAGUCGGACAAACCCGAACAGUGGGGAGUUCGGGUUCAGCCUGGAGAUCCACAUCAACCCUGACAGCAGAGGCUCCGGAGUGCGUGGAGCGGAGCCUGUGGACAUUCCUCUGUCAGGUGUCAGCAGAGAGCAUGGGCAGCAGAGACCCUCCAGUCCUGUGGCUAGGCGAACCCGAAGCCAGACCUCCGUGAGCUCCAGUGCUGGUCUCUCCAGUGCUCCUGGGGGCAGGCGCUCGAGGAGGCAGGGCUCUGUGCAAGGAUCUUUCUCAGCACUGGGGAGGUUAAGGAAUGGCAUUGGAGCAGCGCUUGGCGUUUCCAGAGUUAGUGCCCCUCGCACUCACGUUAUUAACACCCACACGAACCAGUCCGAUGGUAGUGCUCCCAGGCAAAGUGGACGGCAGCGGUUUGGAGCAGCACAUAUUUGGGAAAAUGGGGCUAGAAGUAAUGUUACAGUAAGGAACACAAACCAAAGAUUAGAGCCAAUAAGAUUACGUCCUGCUCUCAGUAGUCGAAGCCGGUCCCCUAUUCAGAGACAGAAUGGUACUGGUCAUAAUUCCCAAAGACAGGGUAGACCGCUACAGCAAACGGGUAGAAACAGGUCUGUGAGGCAGAGAGGUGGAACAAGGGUGUUUUUAGAACAAGGCAGAGAACGCAGAGGCACCGAUUAUACCCCACUGUCCAACUCAAGACUCGUGUCAAGGAUAACAGUAGAAGAAGGAGAAUCCAGCAGGUCCUCAGCUGCCACCCAGCGCCACCCAGCAAUCACACUAGACCUGCAAGUCAGGAGGAUUCGUCCUGGAGAAACUAGAGAUCGGGAUAGCAUUGCAAAUAGAACCCGGUCUAGGGCAGGGCUGGCCGAAAGUACAGUUGAGAGCAACAGUGGGGGCUUCCACAGAACUAUUUCUCAGUUAGAACGGUCGGGUGUCCGGACCUAUGUGAGCACCAUUACAGUUCCUCUUCGGAGGAUUUCCGAGAAUGAGGUGGUUGAGCCAUCCUCUGUGGCUCUUCGGUCAAUUCUAAGGCAGAUCAUGACUGGGUUUGGAGAGCUGAGUUCUCUAAUGGAGGUGGAGCCUGCAUCAGAGAAUCAAAGCAAUGAUCAGCAUUUACCAGAGGUGUACCUAGAACUGAGUAAUGGAGGUGCAGCUGAUGACAGCGGUCAGCAUGGAGGAGGCUCCUCACAGGCCCCUCAGGCCCAAGACGACAGUGCUGAAAUGCCAGAUGUGAGUGAGCCCGCCCCACCACAGGCUCGCACCAGAAGUAGAAGGCAGUUACGCAGGGCAGACAAUGUCGUUGAGGCUGGGACAUUGCCCAUUCUGCGCCUUGCUCAUUUCUUCCUACUGAAUGAAGGCGAUGAUGACCCAAUUCGUGGUCUAACCAAGGAGCAGAUUGACAAUCUUUCUACCAGGAGUUAUGAGCAAAGCGCAGUUGACAGUGAGUUAGGUAAAGUGUGCAGUGUGUGCAUCAGUGACUAUGUGGCCGGGAACAAGCUCCGGCAGCUGCCGUGCCUGCACGAGUUCCACAUUCACUGUAUCGAUCGCUGGCUGUCAGAGAACUGCACCUGCCCCGUCUGUCGGCGACCUGUUUUAGAAUUGGGGGCCACAGACAGCGGGUGAGCGAUGGGGUCUGCUCAGUGCUGUGUGUUCCUGGAGUCAUGGUCGAACACUUUUCUUGAGUUACUUGUGAUGGUGUAACCAAGACAAAAAAACCUAUCAGAUUAUAGUUUGCACUAUUUUUUGUGUGCUUUUUUUUUAAAACUUGUUACAGAGAGUUUGUUUAUAUAAAAAUUUAAAAUGCAGAUGUUAAAUUAUCCAAAAGUAAAGAAUAGUUAAUAUUGCUAGAACCAAAUAACCUUUAAAAUGUUUUUAUUUUGGUAAUUUUGUCAUGCUAAGCACUUUUGUAUCUGCACAACUCAGUAUGUUAGGGAUCUUGAUUCUUUCUCAACUCUGCAGUAGGUUUUGCUGGGGUUUCCCAGUUCGAGCUCAGUGCUUCCUUUGGACACUACUGUCUGAGUCUUCGUAGCCUGUUAGGCUGAAUGUCUGCUAGAUAUACUUAAGUUACUUGAAUUGGUAAUUUAGCACGUGGCACACGGCGCGUGUGUCUGCAGGUAUGUACUGUGGGAACAUAUCCAGGCUGACAACUGCAGGCUGGAGACUGAGGCUGUGGGGCUUAGACUGCACUUGGCACAGUGAUCAUCUCUAAGAGGGAGUGAAUUAGUCGAGAUGGAGAUUGUUUACUGAAGCGUGUCUGACAAUCUGACCUACUAAGAGCGAGCGAUGUAUAAUAAUGAACCUAGUAUUUCUUUAUUCAUGGAAUGUGGAAAUUUUAUGACAGAUAGUUUAAGUUUGUCUUUUUUGUGAUUUUUUUUUUUUUUUUUUUUUUUUUUUUUAGAAGUACAAACACUUCUGGGGUUAGGUAGGGUUUACAGCAUGCUUGAUUUCUCAAAUUUAGUUUUAAAAUCUAAAAUACUUUAAAGUCUAUGAAGUAGUGAAAUGCAUAGAAAAUAUGUAAAUUUGGAUGCCAAAAAGCUCCAAAUUAAAGCCUUUAAAAGAACAUAGAGUUUAUAUAAACACAAAGUAUGCAUUAAAGUCUAUUUCUACCAGUAAACAUUAAA